CUAGGUCAGUCUAGGUUGUGUUUUCGUGGUGUGCAGAAAAAUAACGCUUGCGCACUAGUAGCUGGAUUCUGGCUAUCUCAGUGUUGUGAAGAGGUAGGAAGUUGGAUGAUUAAUAUGUCACGGCCAACUGGGGAGAAUCUGCGUUUGAGAAAUACGCACUCGAGAGAAUGUUGAUUUUUUGAAGGGCCUGCAACCACCUUUAACUGUUCUAAGCGAAGUUCAUCACGAUGGUGGAACCAAUUUUUGACUAUCAAUUUCGACUGAUUCUCAUCGGCGACAGUACGGUUGGGAAAAGUUCUCUACUCAAAUACUUCACUGAUGGCAAGUUUGCAGAGCUAUCAGAUCCAACAGUAGGAGUAGAUUUCUUUGCUCGUUUAAUUGAAGUAAAAGAUGGUACAAGAAUUAAAUUACAAUUAUGGGAUACAGCUGGCCAAGAAAGAUUUAGGUCAAUUACAAAAUCAUAUUACAGAAAUUCUGUAGGAGCACUUCUUGUCUACGAUGUGUGUAAUAGAGCCAGUUUUGAGCAUAUUCCCCAAUGGAUGAUGGAAGCACGCAGGCACAUUGAACCACAUCGGCCUGUCUUUGCAUUGGUAGGAUGUAAGUUAGAUCUUGUAAGCAAUGGUGGUAGGAGAGAAGUAUCAAAGGAAGAAGCAAGAGCUUUCGCCGAUCAACAUGGAGUUCACCACAUUGAAACAAGUGCAAAGACAGGGAUUAAUGUUGAAGAGGCAUUUAAAACAGUUACCCAAGAGGUUUAUAAUAGAAUAUUAACAGGCGAAUAUAAGAUUGAAGAUGGAUGGGAUGGUAUAAAAACAGGAUUUGCUAGGCCUGGAGGUUUAGAUUUUAAUCUAGUCGAGGCAGAACCAACAAAAAGUUCUUGUUGCUGAGUUAGUUGUCAAAAUAUUUCUUAUUCUUUGGAGAGGACAAGGGACGUUGGGAACGCAGUGGAAAUUAUAUGCAAUCAGAUAAUUGAAAUAUAAAAAUCUUGCAGUUCAAUGUUACUUCGAUGAACACUAAUAGAUUUAAAUUACUAAUCAAGAGCUAACUCAUGAUUUUCUGCUGCAUUCUUAUCGUGGAAACAAGACUAACCACUAACGAUCAUCGAAACUUGUGUAUAACAAUAGGCAUUGACUUUUCUGUAUAUAAUUUGUAUAUAAGAAUUAAUAUAUUAAUAUUAUUGGAGUACCUAUACAAUGUAGAUUGUGCUAGGAAUUAUUUUCUUUUUCUAUAUUAUGGAAAACAAGGUACAUAUAUCGUUACUCCAAACAAUCGUGUCUAUACCUUAGUUAGUACGUGCAACAGAUGUAAAGUACAUUAUAAUUAACAUAAAGCCGAAAAUUUUGUUCCCCAAGAGAUAAUAUGGCUGUGUUCUUCAUGAAAUUGCUCUUAUGUUCUCAUUAUCAUAUUGCAAUGGGAAUGCAAAUAUUAACAUAGAAAAACGUAUAUUGAUAUGAAAGUUAGAUAGGGUAACGUGAAUUAUUUAGAGUUCGCAUUUUAUAAGGAUAGUAGAUCAUUAGGUUAAAUAUUUCCUUUAGCGAAUGUAACAGUUAAACAAUAGAUUUUCUUUACCAAUAAUUAAAAAAUGGAAUUCUACUACGUAUUUAAAAAGACAUACGUAAUCAAUUUACGGCCAAAGUUUGAACAAACAGAUUUUAUACCUGACAUAUUCCGUAAUUCGCUUCGCGUAUUUAUAGACAUUUGUCUUAAUUGUAAGUCGGAACAAAAUCGGUAUAGGUUAAUAAAAAGACUUGUAUUUCUGAAGCUACUAGAUAAAAUCAUUGCAAGGUUGAAACUUUUUAAGCUGCUUAUACUAGAUUCACUAUAUAAAGUAAUAUGCGUAUAUAAGAAUUUGAUAAGAAGGGCAAAUAAAUGAUAUUUGCUAAAAGAUUCAUCUUUUUUCACAAUUAUACUAGAGAUAUAGUAGCCAAUUUUGAACAACACGGAGCAUAGCUGACAAAUUGAGAAACAGAAAACGUCAGAAGUACAUAAAAUGAAUUUUCAACGUUUCUCGUCCUCUAUCUAAUACUGUAUAGCGAUAUGCCAAAACUUAUAUUUACCCGUGAUAUGUUAUAUUCAGAAGUCUACCCAUACACUUCCUAUCACCAAAAUAGAGUCGACUCCAAUAAUAUGUUCAUUGUACUUCAACGACUUUUACUAAUCAAAUUGACGGAGUGCGGUUAAAAAUCGCUGAAAUGAUUAGAAAUUUGCUGACGUGCUAAUAUGUAGUGGAUGCUAUAAUUACAUUUACACGACGAUGGUUCACUUAGUACUGAUCUAAAGGAAUCAAUCCCAAAUAUUUCUUAGAAGUAGAAAUGUCUGUGAUUUGUCAUUUCCUUUAGAUGACUCGUGUAAACGUAGUCUAUGAAAUGAAUUUUCAUCUGUUACUGAAAUUCAAAAAUUAGAAACUUCAAAAUAACAAGAUCUAAGAAUUUGUCAAUUAUUCCAUCCAAUUCGCUUUUAAUAAGAGUACCAAUCCUUGUUUGGCGAUUAUUUAAAUUAUCAUAAACUUCGUAAUAUUAUAUGACUAUAGACUGCAGUGCGACUAGUCAUUUAAAUUAAGAGUUUAUUCAAACAGCAGGCAGGUUUUUACAAGACGAUAUUUUCUAAUUCACUGUAAUACGUGUUCAUUUUAUAUUCAUUCAUAUGCAUCUGUACUUGCAUGUACGAUUUUAUUGUUAAAAAUAAAUAUCACAUAAAAAUUCAGACAUAGCUAAAAGCAUUUUAUCGUUUAUAAUUUUUCUUUUUUCAAUUUUAAUGCGUUUUUCUGCAAGGUAUUUGAAGUAUUGUGUAUCAAAAGCGUAUUGUUACAGAUUAAGGUCGUACGACCAAGUAAACUCGUAUUUUAAUUCGAAUUAUAAUUAUACCUUUAUAAAGCACAUCACAGCGAUACUGAUAAUAUCAUUUUGCUGCUGAGUAUCUUCAUGUUGGAUGCUUUUAUAAACAUUGAUGUCUCAAUAAAAUGGUAUGGCAUCUCGUAAA